AUGAAAUCACCAUCCAUUCUAACCACCACCAUCCUCUCCCUCCUACCUUUCCUAACCCUAUCCACUACAUCUGCAUCUCCCACCAAAGGCCGGGUCCUGCUCCCAGAUACUUCAUCAUCUUCAUCAUCAUCAUCAUCAUCAUCAUCAGGGAUAACCACCGACCAAAUCCUCACCAUCGCCCCAACAUCCAACAGCUGCGCCAACCCCCCCGCAGCCGGCGAAUGCGCAACAGCCGACCAAGCGGCGCCCAACAUCGCCAAAUCCUUCGAUACGUACCAUGUCAGCUCGCGCGCCGAACAAGCCGCCGUCAUCGCGCUGAUGGCCUUCGAAAGCGAUGAUUUCAAGUAUAAUAAGAAUCAUUUCCCAGGUGUGCCGGGGCAGGGGACCCGAAACAUGCAAUCCCCCACCUUCAACAGCAAAUAUGCCUCGUCGAUCUCGGCGCUUGCCUCCGCGCUCGCCCAGCCGGGCGUCUCGAGCGACGCAACCAAAGUCCUGGAUCUGCUGCGCGGCAACGAGGAGUACGAUUUCGGAUCCGGGGCGUGGUUCCUGACCACCCAGUGCAGCGCGGAUGUGCGCACCCAGUUGCAGUCCGGGUCCCAGGCGGGGUGGAGUGCCUAUAUCCAGUCUUGCGUGGGGACGGACGCGAAUGAUGCGAGGAAGGCGUAUUGGGAGAGGGCGGUGCAGGCUCUGGGGGUUAGUUCUUAGGGUUUGAUCAGAGGGAGUGUGGAUGUGGAUGUGUCGGUGUAGGAGUCGGGUAGAUAGGAUAGGAUAUAGGAUGGGAGUUAAGAUAUUG